CUGCUACUGCUAAUAACUGGAAUGAAGACAGAAAACUUGCUAUCGCUAAAGCCUACAUAUAUGAUAAUGCAAAAGAUUGGUUAAAGAGAAUGGAAGAAAAAAUCCAACAAUAUGAUAUUGGUGAUAAUGAUAAUCGAUUCAAAGUAAAAUUCUUAGAACAUACCAUUAUUCCUGUUAAAUGCUAUAUUGAUAUUCAAGAUCGUAUUUACCCUGCUAUCAUUGACAGUAAAGCCUCUGUUAGUAUAAUCUCACACCAAACUGUGAAGGAACUAGGUCUUAAAAUUGAAGAACUAUCAAAAAGCCUUAUUGUUGCUACUACUGGUACCACCUCCAGACCUCUUGAAAUUAUUAGAAAUUUGCUUAUUAGGAUCCAAGGUCAACUUAUCCCCUUGGAUGUGGAAGUUGUGUCUGCUACCUCUUAUUCUAUUUUACUUGGAAACGAUUGGUUAAAGAAA